AUGCCAACCACACGCGCCCUCAGCGCCCGGCAGCAGUCUGGAGCAGCCGGCACCGCGGCGGACAGCGAUGACAUUGCCAACAUCAAGGCGAUGCACGCCAAGACCGCGAGCGGACUGUCCUCGACUGAGAGCGGCGAGGCUUCACAAAGGGCGACACUCAGUCUGGCAAGAGUGCCGCGUCUGUUCAGGCGCACGUCCUCGGCAUCCAGCACGAGCAGCUGCUCCCCCGCUCCUCGCAGUUUUCAACGUACAUGUUCAUCCCCCAUCACGCUUCAAAGCCCAUCCGCACUCGAAGGCUUCGACUACAUCUCUUCCCGAUCCCGCGCAUCCGCACCGCGUUCUUCCUACGGCGGAAGCUCCACCUCAAGCCAAACAUCGUCCAAGGCCUCGACGCGUCCGACGAACGGAUUCAGACGCGUCAAAUCCUCUGCCAGCCUGUGCAGCAACUCGCAGUCCAACAGCCAAGCCAGCGGAGGUGAAGAGGACGAUUCAGACGAAGAGAGGAGAUAUAACAGACGAUCGUCGAGGUUGGGUGGAUGCGGUCGCUCGUCGGAAACCAGAACGUCGCGGGAUGAUACGAACAAGGAGAACAUUGCGCCUUUCAGAAGAGUCGAACAGCUCACUCCGCGUCAACGCAUGAACGAAGAUCGGGAUGCUCAGGAAGAGGCUGUUGCUCGCCGGACGCGCUCCACCGCUGCUACGCCUAUGCGCGGUCGACACUCUUCGCCUGCCUCUAGCAUUCAUUCGGGAUCCAGCGAAGGUGAGUACGGCGGCGAAGGCAGAGCUGUGAUCCUGUGCUUCGAGGGUGUUGCGAGUCUGCAACAGUCGUGAGGCAUCUACACGUCCGCCUACGCCUCGCCAUCGCGUGCGCCGGCAAUCGCAAUCUGACCAUUAGUGCACAUCUUUCGUUGCAGCUCGCUCCUCUCACUCUCUGUCUCAAAGCCGUCUCCACGUUGAUCUAGGUAAUGCCGAUACUCCACGACGACCGACGACCACUCGCAAGCGUUCACGCAUGGCAAGGGACGAUGAAAGUGAACAAGGCGAAGCCGACGUGCGCUCGCCGCGCUCCUCUUUGGCACGACUUCGUCUCCAGAGAACGCCAUCCUGCGCUUCGGUAUCUUCCCUUGCCGAAGUCACCGAUGAGGCCGAGAGCUACUUCUCGAGUCAGAAUACCAAUGUGAGCUCUGUCUUCGAUGUCGGUAUGGCUUCUACCCCAGAUGGCGCGGCCUCGGACGAUGACGAAGACGACGCAGAAAGUCAGCCAACCUCUCGCGCACCGUCGCCGGUGUCCGACUUUGCUUGCGUGCCGAUGGACGCAGAAUCUGCUUUGGACGAGACGUCGCUAAUGCACGACAGUGAAGCGGUCCACGACGAAGCCAACGCGCAAGAGCACCAUUUCAGCAAUGUUUACGCGCACGCUCGCGCUCUGCUGCGCUGCAAUGCUGGCACCGACGCUGUCGAUGAAGGCGUCAACGCCGCCGUCGACCAGCAAGUCAUAGGCCGCGACAAGGAGCGCAAAGCUCUGCAGCGCUUCCUGCACUCCCGAUUCGAUCUAUACAGGCACAUGGAACACAGCGCUACACCAGCAGGCGAAGGUGAUCAUGGUUGCGAACUGGACGGAGCGCAAGACUCUGGAGCGCUGUACGUUUGCGGGAUGCCAGGCACCGGAAAGACGGCACUUCUUCGUAGUACCCUUGCUCAGCUUCGUGAAGCAGAUCUAGCAACGACUUCGCCAUCCAUCGCCUUUGUCAACUGCAUGACUGUUGAGCAUCCUCGCGACAUCUUUGCCAAGGUACUCGAAGCGAUGGGUGUAGUUUUCGACCGUCAGAACGCCGAGAAGACGCUGGACGCUAUUGCCAGAGACUCGAGGCAGAGAACCUUGAUCGUGCUGGACGAGAUCGACCAUCUGCUAGGCUCACGUACCCACCAGAACAUUCUGUAUCGGCUGUUCUCCUGGGCGACCGGCUCUACACCUGGCAAGGAUGGAACAGGUACAUGCGCUCUCAUUGGCAUUGCCAAUUCUCUGGACCUCACCGAGCGCUUCGUACCGCUGUUGGCCAGCAAAGGCGCAGAGCCCGCGCUGCUUCACUUCCGACCGUUCGAAGCUGCCGAGAUUGGGUCCGUGAUCCGCGCACGCUUAGCGGCGCUUCUUCCUUGUUACGAUCAGCACUUGAGUGACGACGACGUCGACGCUGGCGAUACCGAAGAGCCCGCACCUCUUGCUCUUUUUGCCCCUGCCGCGCUAGACCUCGCUUCGAAGAAAAUUGCAGCUGCUACUGGCGAUCUGCGCAAGGCGCUCGAUGCAGCUCGUUUGGCCAUCGAGAUAGUGGAAGCAGAGCAACGCAAGAAGCAUGCAGCCCCGGACGCUGAUGGAUGGAAGAGCGAAGUAAACGGAAAGAGCUUGGCUCACCUCACGCCCAAAAGUGCGCCGAAAGUAUCUCCUCAGCACAUCGUCAAGGUGCUUGCUAGCGUGCUCGGCAGUCAACAGUUGAACAAGAUUCGCGCGCUUAGCCUCCAACCCAAACUUGCUCUCGCUGCUAUCUUGGUAUGCCAGAAACGUCAGGCUGAAGGCCUUGCAGUCCUAGGCUCGGGCAAUUCGGAGGCAAAGAAGUUUGCCAAGCCAUGUGCCACGUCUCAGCUUGCCGACGUAGAGCUGACGUACUCAGCAGUCUUGCGCAAUGAUGGCAACAUUUUGCCCACUCUCGAGAGCUCCGAAUUCUUGGACGUGCUAGAUCUUCUAAGUGUGCACGGCUUCAUCGUCAUGGAAGAAGCCAAGGGCUCUGGCUACAGCAGCGGCACCUUGUCGGCCGGUGCUAGACGGGCGACAAAGAAGCAACACAUCGCAGCGACGAGAAUUGUGCGUCUGGCCAUCUCUUUCGAAGAUGCGCUGCGCGGACUGACCACGGAGGGCUCUGUGAGCGGAAACGCUACAUCUACUGCGGCCGCUCGGCGCCUCUGGAGCGCCGAGGAGGAACGUAUCCGUCGGAGCCGCGGGUGGGAAGCGCGAGCGAAAGAAAUCGAAGCGACGCGCGCCGAGGAGCUUGGCGGAGGUAGGAUGGCUCAAGGAUGUUUCUGA